UUGAUUUCACUUGUUUUCAUUUUCAUUGUAAUUUAUUUGUUCACUUAUUGAGUUUUGUUUCUUCUGAGAUCAUUUUGUGUAUAUAACUGUUUUCAAUUUAUCAACGGAUAACAUCAUCAUUAUCAUCAUCAUUAAAUAUGUUGGAAUCAUUGAUACACUUGUGACUUUGUUUUGUUGAAUGUUUUAAACAUUAAAAUAAACCAUUGGUUCCGCCCCGACUCUCUCAAUGUGUUUGUUAUCUGCAAUGAAUUUCCUAUUACUCUAAUCUUAUUUACUGUUGAUGUUUCUAACAUCAGCAAUUGAGCUUCUCUCUUUCCAAGAGUCACAAAACUGAUGAAUUUUCUCUUAUUUGGUGAUCAAUACCUGACAGUCCAUCGACUGUGAAUAGUGUUUAUAGUUAUUAUAUUUGACAAUCGGACCACCUUCCUAUGUUCAGUUGCUCAACCAAUGCAACAAUCUUGUUUUUGAAUUGUGAUAAAUGUGGCGCAACGGUAAGCGCUUUCCUUGUCCUGAUUGUCAUAAAACAUUCGCAACCCAAGUAGAUCUUAAAGCACAUCUAAUGAGACAUAUCACCCAACAUCCAUAUGUUUGUUUUGCUUGUGGUAAAGGUUUCAAAUAUGAUCACACUUUGGACUUUCAUAUAAAAAGUCAACAUGGUGCAGAGAAUGGAGCCUCCAGUGGAGGUGCUGGCGGCAGUGGUAACAACAAUAUUGGAUCUGGUAAAAAUGAACAAUUUAACUUGAAAUCUUUGAAUCGAAAAAGCUGUAAGAUGAAACGAGAAGUGCCCGAUGAUAAGGCAAGUUUAUUUGGUACAAGUAACGUUGAUGGCCGAAGACUAGUUUCGCAACUGCAAGGUGGUUUAUCAUCACCGCACGAUUUGAUCGUUAAUAACCAUAACAAUGUUCCCUCUAACAACAAUACAACCUCUUCCACGAGUGGAAAGGCUAAUAGUUGUGAUGAUCGUCUAGUUGUCAAUGAGAUUUCCAGUGAUCUGCGUCAUCAUUUAUCUACUAAUCCACUACAAUUGACAGGUUUGAACUUAUCCUCUGGUCCUGUUGGCCUUGGUCUUCUUGAACCAAGUAUCUUGAAUGGACUGAAAUUUCCUAUCGCUUUGAGUUCCUAUCCAUCUGCAUCAUCAAAUUCAUCUCAAUCAUCAUCCAAGUCAAACAACAACACUGUACCAAUUGUACCACCACCAAUACUACCUUCAUCCACAGUGUCAUCAUCACUUGCAUCAUCCACAUUAACAUCAUCACUAUUAACAACUACAACACCACCUUCACCAUCACCUCUUGUAUCAUCACUGGCACUAUCAUCAUCAUCAUCUUCAUCAUCCACAUCUUCAACACCAAUAUCUUCGACCAACAAAGAGAAACUAAUGAAUUCAUCUCAAAUGUCUUUGAUUGAUUUCGGUUUACAAGGCGAUAUCCUAUCUCCGCGAAAUUUACAAAUUAAAUCAGAAAAGGUAUUGAUAUCCAUUCUCGAAGGUGUUCAUCCAACGAAUGAGCAAUUGUAUUCAUUGUAUAAAUGUUGUUUAUGUGGUUUCGCUUUUCCCAGCCUCGAACCUGUCAGUAUUCAUAUUCAGUCAAUGCAUUCAAACAAUUUAAAUUUAACUUGUGAUAAAUGUGGCGCAACAUUUAAAUGGAAAAGUGAAUUACAGUUACACGAACAAUUGCAUAAAGUGAUGGAUCAGUCUAUCAAUAGUAUAAAUCCAAGUUCAAACAAGUGCAAAUCUCAUCUACAAUUACCACAAGAUUCUCAUCAUUCUCACAGUAAUCAACAGCAUCAAAGAGAGCAACUCUUGCAACACCAACAACAACACCAACACCCCCAACAUCAACAUCAACAUUACCACCAACAAAAACAACAAAAACAGCAGCAACAACAACAACAAUCACGUGCAUUGGUUAUGCCUUCAUUUCUACAACCUAAUUUAGUUUUCAUGAAUCCCUACUUGAGUGGGGAUCAACAAUUAAUAUCCAAAGGAGGUGACGAAACGAAAAGAGCUAAAAUAAAAAUAGAAUCAGAGGAAGAAAUCAAUGGACGAGAAGAUGUUGGUCAAGGGUUGAAUUUGUGUCUGAAACGUAAACACAAGUCAGAAAUUUGUGAUGCUAAUAACAACAACAACAACAACAACCUUAACCACGACAAUAAUAAUAAUGAUAACAUUAUCAAGCAUAAUUGCAUAAACUUUGAUAAUGAAAAUAACAUAAAUAAUUGUAAUGCUCAUGAUAAUAAUAAUCAUAGUAACAAUACCAAUAGUCGCGAGAGAGUCUCCUCAAUGGUGAUGGAUGAGCCAAUUGAUUUAAAAGUUGAGUCAUUGUUUGCUGAUUCAAAUAAUAAUAUCAAUAAUAUUACACCGAUGAACCCACUAAGCUUUUUACAUUCGUCUCUAAUGCCGCCAUCGGUUGGACUAUCAUUUCCACCGCCAACCGCAUCACAAUUAACAUCAGCAGCAGCGGCAGCCGCAGCAUUUGCUGCGGGCAUCUCAUCUCAACAUCAAUCUCAGAGUGAGAAAAACAAACAGUUACAUCAACAUUUUCAAAGUAUUGCAUCAAUGGUGUCAGGAAUAUCCACCAUGACAACGACGACCACUUCAGGACCUGCAUCGACAUCAGGACUUGGGACAGGUUCCGGCUCUGUUUCGUCGUCAUCUUCUUCAGGCAGUAUCAAUGGAAAUGGAAGUGGUUUUUUAAAUGUUGGUGAAGUAGUAGGAGGAGGUGGAGGAAAAAUUCGAGAACCUAUCGGGGAUAUUGAAGAAACAGCCCCUGGUCAGUUCAAGUGUCGUUAUUGUGAGAAAACAUUUGAUCGUAUAUUUUCAGUUCAUCGCCAUGAAAGAGUUCACACAGGGUAUAAACCGUGCAUAUGUAGGGUUUGUGGUCGAGGUUUCAGUGAGAAAAGAAAUCUUCGACAUCAUAUCAUUCGAUUCCAUAGCGAUGGAAGUGGCCGAGAACUUUUGAAAAGAGUUCGCAAAGAAAAGUCGAUAUCGGCAGCAUCAUUUCUAAAGAAAGCUGCUGUUCGUCUUCUCAGCAACUCAAGUUUAGAAGCGAGUGCAAUCGGGGAAGAGGAAAUUGACAAGAAGCAAAGUGAUAAAAACAAUAGUGCUCGUGAUAACGAGGGUCGCCACGAAAUGGCCGAGACCAGAGAGGAGAAGCAAUCUGAUGAAAGGCCUCGGCCUCGGUCUCGGUCAGACGAGAGUACAAGUGCAAAAACAAGAAACAGAGAGAGUUGCAAUAACUCUGAUUAUAACGAGAUUGGAUCAGAUGCAAAUGGAGAACCUUAUGUCGAAGAUGGUGACAAAAUGUGUGCAGUUUUUUCAUCUUCUUCAUCGUCCUCAUCUUCUCGUCGUAGAAAAAGCAAACCAAGUAAAAAAAUAACUAAUAUAGAAUCGACUGAGAGAAGUGAUGAGGAGUCCGAAUUAUCUGAAAACAUUGCAAGUCAAUUUGUGAGAAAAGACGAAAAUGAUGAGAAGAUGCAGAUAAAAUAUGAAAAUGAAGAGGAAGAUGGAAAUGAGUAUGGGGGCAGGGAGGGGAAUAAAGACUCGUAUGGAAUAGACGACGAAGAGGAGGACGAAGAGGAAGAAGAAGAGGAAGAGGAAACCCGAGAUAAUGCGAUGGUUGCUGAUUAUUGUGGUCAGGGUGAUGAUUCCAAUGAACAGGGAGACACCGAUGGUCGUGUCUGUACGGAAAAGGAGAGGGACAACGGGACGGAAGAUGAGAGAGUCAAGGAUUGUGCUGAUGAGACCAACAGUAACUGUAAUAACAAUGAUCUCAAUGGUUCUUUAGAUGGAAAUAAAUGUUCCAAAGAAGGUAAAUUGAGAUCACAUGGAGCUUUUUUCUCGAAUUACAGUCCAAGACUUGCACUGGUUGACAAAGUAUUAAAACGGAGUAAACAAAGUAAACCAAUGAUUGGACCCGAUGGUAGAUAUUUAUAUCCAUGUGAUCACUGCCAAAAGACAUUUUGUUCAUCCUCUGAUCUCAAUCGACACAUUGGAUUCCAUGAGAGUAAGGAUAUUCGUCCAUUUAAAUGUGAAUUCUGUGAUUACCAAAGUCGCACAAACAGUCAACUUAAAGUUCAUGUUAUGAGACAUGCUGGAAUCAAACAAUAUCUAUGUCAUACCUGCAACUAUAAUGGAGUAACCCAAUCUGAUCUGAAUCGUCAUCGGAAAACUCAAUCACACAAAUCAAGAAGUGGGAACAUUUGUUCAAUAUGUUCAUUGGGAUUUUCCACAGCGACAUUACUUGAAGAUCACAUAUUCAAGUUCCACGACAACAACAAUAACAACAGCGAAAGCCAUGGAAAUAAUGACAAACGAGGACUAUCAGCAAGUCCAAAAGAAUCCAAAAAUGGAUCGUGUUUAUCAUCUUCACCACUCGAAGCAACUUUAUCCGUCUCGAUAAAAGAUGGACCAACUGCAUCGACAUCGACAUCGACAUCGACAAUGUCAAUGUCAUCAGCAUCUUCACCAAGAAAAGCAUCCAAAACAACAACUCCACCACCUGCAAUGUCCGAACCCAUGAAAACCGAAAAAGUCAAUGAGAUGGACAAGAACAACAAUAAUAUCGACAUGAAUCACAAUAAUGUUCUAGGGCUUAAUGCAAAUAGAUUUUCAGUUAAUAACUUGUUGUAAGUGUUUGCCCGGAAGCAAAAGAACGAGAUUAUCUGACUGCGAACAUUCUUUUGGUCAAUCACCUGACUUGACAAACCUCCUCGAUUGAUGAGCAUUUCAUUGAUUGCUCUUACCUGUUGAUUGCUACCAGAGCAUUUUAUUAGUAUUAUUACCCGGUCUUCCUGUUUGAUUGAAUUCCCCAAGUUUCAAUUUUUCCUGAUCAUCUCAUCAAUGUUAUCACUUGUAAUUCGAGGUGAAAGUAGUUGAAUCUUUGUUAAAUAUUUCACAAUUUUCUAGAUACAAUGUAAUGUAGACUGAGCGAGCUUAGUGCUGAGCUACACUGAGAGUAGACUGGAAUUAGCUCUGACAAGAUUGAGCCAAGUUGCUUCAUCUUUCGGAUGUUUCCACAAUCAAGCAAAAUUAUGAUGACUCGAAACCAAUGGCAAUUGCAUUCCCACCAAAUCCAAUUAUUUCCAAUAACUUAACGAAAUGUGAACACAAAAUGUGUAUUCCUUGUAUUCCUUGUAUAACUUAUUAUCUCUUCUUUCAUUUGAUUGUUUCCACUUUUUAAACCUUAACCAUUUCCAUUUCCAUUUCCAUUUCCUUUUCUCGUUUCUAUUUUUUUAUGAAGGUACAAUUUGCCCUAGACUAUGUUCCUCAUCUGUGAACAUGGUGAAUCUUGGUCAUGAUCCAAUUAAUUGCAAUAUUUAUCGACACCAUCAACACCCAUUGAAACAGUUAACUGGAAAGUUAUCAAUGAACAAGAAAUCAAAUGAAAUUAAUACGAGCUUAUGCCUUAAAAUACUUGGUUGCUUUAUGGCUUAAAUUGAUAACUUUUUUCUGUGAUUGUACAAAUUAAAUCAUUUAUUAAACAUUAAAACACCUUUAUUAUAAUAUAUUA